AUGGUUUCACUUAACCAGCAGACUCGUCGCUCCGGAGGGCGUGAACCAGAUGAGAGGACUCGUUUAUUGCCCCCUCGAAACGAUGGAUUCCUUGACCCAGAUGACCCAGCUGUAUCCCCAUAUAAUCUUUGGAGCGUCCGAGCUCUCCGCUACUUUUCCGUCCUCUUCGCUCUCAUCAGCUUCCUCUGGUGGGUGCUACUCCUGGUCUCAAUCUUCGUCAGCCCGCCGAUGAUGCAUUCUCGUGGCUCCGGCUUCUUCGAUUUCUCAUACACCACUCUCACUCUUGGCAACCUUCUUGUCGCCAUACUCUUCUUCUCUACGCCUUCCAAAGCCAUGCAAGUGGGCAGUCUUAUCGUGGCAGCUUUCCUGCUGAUCGACAUGAUCAUCAUUGUUGCCGUUCCUCGUAUACGUGCGGAGGAAGGUUGGGUCGGCAUUGCGUCGGUCGUGUGGGCUACUCUCAUUGCACUCUAUAACGUCCUCACAGAUCGAGUGGUAGCAUGGGGAAAGAAGGAAGAGGAAGAGCGCCUCACGGGACGCAAGGAGAGCCGUCGCACCGUUCGUGAAUGGCUUGCUGUACUCGCCGAAUUUAUAAUCAUGGUAGUCAUGAUCGUCGUUGUGAUUCUUUUGACUGCAACCCUCAUCCUACGCUCCCGCGAUGCAGGUCUAGCACCUCCCGGAAAACGAUACUUCGUCGACGGGGACAAGUACCAGCUUCACCUGGCCUGUGUUGGCAAUGUGACAUACAACGCCGAUGGCAAGCGCAAUCCCACCGUGCUUCUUGAAGCCGGAGAGAACCCGGUGGAGGACACGUUCGACGACUGGGUCUACGACGCCUACAAAAAUGGCACCAUCUACCGCUACUGCUACUACGACCGCCCGGGUCUCGCCUGGUCAGACAACGCACCCUCCCCACACUCCGCAGGCAUGACCUCGGAUGCCCUCUCGGAAGCUCUUGCCCGUGCCGGCGAACAAUCACCGUGGAUCCUUGUCUCGGCAGGCAUAGGAGGCAUUUACAGCCGCAUCUUCGCUAGCCGUCACGUCCGCCAAGUUACUGGCAUCAUGCUCAUUGAUGCCCUGCACGAGGACCUGCUACACAACAUUGGCCAGCCGGGUCGAGGCUUCGUUCUUUGGGCACGCGGCAUCAUCUCUCCACUAGGGUACGAUCGCCUCUUUGGUGCCAUCGCCAAGGGUCGCAAGCCAGAAGAUCGGGUUUACGGUCGUUCGGCAUACCAAGGCGGGAAGUAUAUCAAGGCGAAGCUACAGGAGAACCUCGUUGCCAAUUCCCUUACGAAGAAUGAAGUGAGCCAGGCAAGAAACAUCCAGAGCCCCAAGACCCCACUCGUGGUGGUGAGUUCUGGUAUCAACGUGAGAAAAGACGAUGAGUGGGAGAGGAAGCAGAGAGAUCUGACACUGAUCACGGAUAAAUUGAUCAGCUGGGAUGUGGUCAAUGCGGCGCCGCAUGAGGUGUGGAAGACGUACGAGGGUAAGCAGAUUUUGGAGAAAAGACUGGGUGAAUUGGUCAGGGGUUGA